UACCACAAUUGCUUAUUAUGUACAAAAAAGAAUGAGCAAUUUUAUUGUGAAUUAUGCAUAAAGCGAGGUAAUUUUAAUUACUCCAAUAAUUGUUCAAGCUUAAGUUAUUAUGAUCUUUUAGAAAAGUUAUAUACAAAAAAAGAACAAUUGGUUAAAUUAAAAGAAAAGGCCUCUGAAAUAAUUCAAAAAUGUUAUAUUGUUUCAGAACAUUUUUCAAGUUUGUUGGACCCCCCAAAAUAUAAUAUAUUAUAUCAAGAUUAUAACAAAGAAGUUGAGUCUCAUAUCAAUGCCUUGAAAUAUCAAAUAGCUGAAAGGACAAAAAUAUAUAAUGGCAAAAAAACUAUUCUCGAUAGAGAGAAACAACUUUUAACAACUCUUUAUAUAUUGAAAGAUGAAUAUACUAAUGGCUUGUACAAUAAAUUGAAGUGUCUUGAUAAAAUACGUAGUCAUUUCAUAUCAAAAAUGUUUAAAACAAUAUUCUUGAUUACUGCUCAUUCUAGUCUAAAUCUCAAAAUUGAACACCAACUCCUAUCGGGAUCUCAUUUACCACAGAUAUAUAAAAUUCUUAAUAUAACAUAUGACCCAACAUACAACUACAAUAUUACUGAUAAAACCGACGAGGAUAUAGGUUUUACUCAUAUUACUCCUACACUUCUGACAUCACGUAGUGAUAGACAUAGACGUUAUACAGCUGACGCAUGCCCAUCUGACAGCGCUACUUCAAAUAAAAAUGGUGACAAUUUAAUUAAAACCGCCAAAAUCCGCCUCUCCCGUCCUAUCUGGCAAGAUAUGUUCUUGGAAAAUAAUAAAAUAAAAUGUAUUAAACCAAUUCCUACUUCACACUACAAAUUACAACAAAUAAAUCGAGAAGAUAUCGAAAUGGCAAUGGAAGCAGCUUCCUUGAUUAUAUUUCCGAAUACUGGGCCAUUAAAUCCAAUUAACAAAGAAUCGCCACCACAACCAAUAGAGUAUAGCACCAUUUUUAUUCACAACUUAUCAUGCCUCAGUUACGCUACUCAGGUCUGUCAAGUAGUUAGCCACAUUUUGGACGUGUCAAUGUCCACUCGAUCAACUCAUACUAAGGAUAUACACCAACUACUUUUAGAUUCUCAUAUUAAUCCAAACAAUUUCAACGGUAAUGCUCAGCAUUUAUUGAAACCGGUUAUAACUGAAAUUAUAUCCAAUAUCAAGCAUCUAAUUAAGCUAGCGACUUCAAUUAAGGACGCCGAUCAAUCCUAUACAUCGUUGAAAGAGUUGGUUAAUUUGCAAAGUAUCCAAAAUCCUAUACACCUUUUGCAUGUUUUAAAACUAAGUCUAACGGAUAGUGAUGAAAAUCUGAAACCCGCCAAUCAUAGCGGAAACUUUGUUGAAUUAGACCAAAGUUUUCAUGGCGUAUAUGCAAAAUAUGAAUCUGCAAUAUUGGAAAUUCCCGAUCAAAUGAUUACCUUCUAUGAUCAAAAAGAAACGGCAGCUAUACACAGUAGUUUUUCGGAUAACGAUGAUUUUGAUAUAGUUCACCUUAAAGAAGCUAAACAAGGUUUUGAAAAUUGUAUAUCACUAUCUAGUAUUUGGUCUAAAAAUACUUCUUCAGCUCACCUUAAUAAAGGAUAUAAUACCAAGCCUUAUUUCGGAAUGGAUAACCCCAUAAAAUCAUUUAGUUCUUGGUGGAAAUAAUUUCCCAAUUUUUUGUUGAUUUGAUAGUUGGAUUAUAAUAAUGUAAAUGUAAUAUUGUAAUUUAUUUUAAAAUUCUAUAUUUAUUUACGGGUUUUAUAU